AUGCCAAAUAUGGGCGGUCAAGGUCCGCUAUUUGGAUUUGGACAGCAGCAUAUGCCGUACCCACUCGCUCCUGGUGGUCAAUUUAUUCAGCCUCAACCUAUACAUCCGGUCACUCAGCCUCAACCCGUACAGCCCAUCAUUCAGCCUCAACCUUUACAUCCGGUCACUCAGCCUCAACCCGUACAGCCCAUCAUUCAGCCUCAACCUUUACAGCCCGUCACUCAGCCUCAACCUUUACAGCCCGUCACUCAGCCUCAACCUGUACAGCCCGUCAUCCAGCCUCAGCCCGUACAGCCAGUCAUUCAGCCUCAACCUGUACAGCCAGUCAUCCAGCCUCAGCCUGUACAGCCCGUCAUCCAGCCUCAGCCUGUACAGCCACAGGCUUGUACUAUUUGCCCUCAGGGACCUGUUGGUCCGCAAGGACCACAGGGGCCUGCAGGGCCUCAGGGGCCUCAGGGGUCUCCAGGUCCUCGGGGACAAAUGGGUACUCAGGGGCUGCAAGGGCCUCCGGGAAAGCAAGGUGAUCAGGGUGCUAGGGGUCCCUCUGGUGCUGAUGGAAAACAAGGCCCUAAUGGACUUCCUUGUACUUCAGGGUGUGCAAAGCCAAAUUCGGGAACAGGGGAAGGGGAAGAUCAAGGCCCACAUCCUGGAGGAAUUGCCAAAGGAAACGGUGCAAAUUUUCAAGAGACUGUACCUCCUGCGAGCGGGAACGGAAUCGCCGAUGGGAAUGGCGCAAAUUUCAAUCAAAAUUUGCCCAUCCCCACUGUCCAAAAUGGUAUUGCUAAUGGUAAGGAUUCGGUACUUGAGGAUUCUGUACCUCCUGUGGGAGAGAAAGGAAUCGCCAGUGGAGAUGAUGCAAAGUACAAUGAUAGUGUGCCUAAACCUAGUGACCAGACAGGUAUUGCCCAAGGAGAGGGUGCAAUCCUUGAAAAUAAUGUACCUAAGCCAAUACUUGAUUGA